GGUUAUCCCCCUUAUCCCUUUUUAAUUUUAAAUAUAUAAAAUUAUACUGUUCCUGGUCCAUACACAUUAAUUAGUAACUGAUCAAAUUUGGUGCAAUCAUGUAAAUGAUUAAAGGUUAACCUUGUUUAUAAUCAACUUUAUACAAGCUUUAACCCAGGUUGCUCGUGGACAGGAACCGUUGCAAGAAUAAAACCCUAUGCAUGGAGAAACUGUCUCUAGUACUCCCUGACAAACCACCCUUCUUUCCAAGGCAGUAUGACCGAUGUGCUGUAAUUGGUAACUCAGCUGACCUUCUCAAGACAAAGUUUGGAAAGGAAAUAGAUAGUUAUGGUGCUGUAUUCAGGGAGAAUGGAGCUCCAAUUCAGAACUACACUGAAUAUGUAGGCUCAAAAAGUACAUUCCGACUUCUCAAUAGAGGUUCUGCUAAAGCUAUUGAUAAAGUAGCUGAGUUGUACGGUAUUGCCCUCAUUCCCUUGUUUUUAGAUCUUGGUGCCUUACUAUGUGAAGUUCUGAUUCUCAACCCUGUAUACCUCAUGUUGGGUGCUUCCUUUGGUUCGGCAGCUAAAGGAACUGGAUUAAAGGCCCUUGAAUUUGCUCUUUCCAUGUGUGAAUCAGUGGAUAUGUAUGGUUUUACUGUUGAUCCUGGCUAUAAAGAACGGUAAAUGAAGGUUACACAGUGUCUUUUGUUUUCAUAUUCUACUGUUUAAACUAAUUUUCCAACAACAUUAAGGAAAUAUAUACUCCUAUGUUGG